GUGCUCGACAUUCCACUUCUGACUUCUGCAAAUACUCCGGCCAGUACUACUCCAGGACCAUCCACGUUAUUGCCGGCUCUCCCUGUUGCAUAUUAUGCUGCAUCGCCUGCGCUGCCUGUACAUGCGACUCCAGUUGCAGACCAAUCGCCCGUUGUUAUGUCUUUCUCAGACCAUGCACGAGGUCUCGGACUUGGUGAGGUUCGCGCGAUAACUUCAUCUGUGGUACUCAACAACCUUGUCUUCUUUGCAACUACGAUGUUCGUUGGCUGUGUGCGGGUGGACGGGCCUCUUGCUCCAUCAAAGUUAGAAGCUGAACGAAGCGCGAUUGUGUUUGCUUCUAAUUGCUUCAACAUACCAUUGUGUUAG